AUGUUCAAGCGCUCGUUUAGGUCUCAGGACCAGACCCGUGUCGACAAGGCUGCGAGACUAAAGAAGAAUGGCUCAUCGCGGGAGCCCACGAAGUUAACGAAGUUGCAAAAGUCGUUAACGGAGAAGGACCAGCAACAGCCCCAGCACGCUCAGCAUCAGCAUGCUCAGCCUCAACACGCUCAGCAUCAGCACGCUCAGCGCGCUCAGCACCAGCACCAGCACCACCAGGCUUCGAUGCCCAGCCAUCAGCCUAGUAACCCUCAGUCCACUGCUCCUUCACCUAUCGUGACCCUCACAGUUGGUCGCGAAGGCCGACUAUUUGCAGCGCACGAAGAUGUCCUACGUCAGUCGCCGUUCUUCACGGCUGCCUGUUCAGAAAACUUCUUUGAUGCGCAGAACCGGAGGAUAUCCCUCCCCGACGAAGAACCCGAGGUCUUCUCCGCCGUCCUCGAGUACCUCUACAAGGGUGACUAUUACCCCCGCCUGAUCCACAACAGGCAACGGAACUCUUGGGAACUCGAAGAUCAGCCUAAACCGGCAUCGAGAAGUCCUCACCCCUCACCCAACCCGCAGGCCGCAGGCGGUCGCGCUGCAGGCGCCUCACCGGAAGCCGCUGUCUACAUCUCGAGCAUAGGGGCCGACAUCCUCCGCGAUACGGUCGUAUACUGUGCCGCAGAGCGAUAUGGCCUCGACGAGCUGAAGCGACUGGCCUUGCGCAAGCAAGGACUUCAGGCCGGCAUUGAUGUCGGAACCAUCCUGAGGUCAGCCCAGUAUGCCUAUGCCCAUACGCCCGACUCAGACAGCCGUCUGCGCGCUCAUUACCUCGCCCUGAUCAUCCGCUGCCGCAAGACCUUCAAGCGCAGUGGUACCAUGCAGGCUGAGAUGGAAGCUGGAGGCAGCAAAUUAUUUUUCGACCUGUUUGUGGCAAUGUGCAACCACCUGGACGACGUCAUUGAGGUCAGCAACGUCCGAACCCCAAAGACUGUCUGA